UUCGUGUCGAGAAACAUACGGGAAUCACGCGCGUGUCGUUAUGGCGAGAUCCGGAAGUCGUGCGCGGAUGAUGGCGGAUGAUGAGCGCGGAAUCCACGCGGUACCAAAAGGCAUUGAGUAAUUGUGUAGAAACACGAACAAUUCCUGGCGUUAGGAACAAUCGGUCGAACAAUAUCUGUCUUGAUCUUACGCUGGCUGAGAUUAAAAAUUGUUGUUGGCAGCUUCGAUGUAGUCUUCAAACGCACGUGCCACUUUAAAGAGCCGCCGCUAUUUGUGGAUUAACAUCAACAAAUUCAUCGCGCAAAGUCAAAGGGAUCUAAUUAUCAGCAACUAAAGCUAACUGACGAAGGCAAAGCAUGGUGCUGCGCUUGCUAUGUAAAUGGAGAAUGUAAUAAGAGGAUAUCCGCGAUCUAAAGACUAGUAGAGAAGAAAGAGAGAGAGAGAGAGAGAGGGUGAGAGAAUGCCGCGUACGCGAAGCGAGGUGUUCGACCCGAUGGAAGUGGAGAAACCGUCGAGAUGCAUCAAGUUCCUCCGGCUGCUGUGGAAAUUCAGCAGAUUCGUCUUCUCCCAUGUGACGUUGAUCUCCUUGGUGGUUGCUUACUGUCUAAUCGGUGCGUACGCCUUCGAGUCAUUGGAGGCGACUCACGAGAAGGAGGUGAAGAGAAGCAUCAAGAAUAUCCGAGGAAACGUCUCGGAGAAGCUAUGGCAAAUCACGAAGGACUUCGACGUGUUGAUUCGCGAAAAUUGGACGAAACAGGCAUUGAGCGAGUUGAAGGAUUUCGAGGACAGUCUCAUGGAGAAAAUGAAGCAAGGAUGGGACGGUAGCGAAGAGGAGAAUAAUAUUCAAUGGACAUUCGCCGGUGCUCUGUUCUAUUCAAUCAUCGUUAUUACGACAAUCGGAUAUGGCCACAUCGCGCCGAAAACGAAAAAUGGAAAAGUCGUGACUAUCUUUUAUGCCAUUCUCGGUAUUCCGCUCAUGUUGCUCUGCUUGUCAAACAUUGGAGAUGUGAUGGCAUCGAGUUUUAGAUUUCUUUAUUGGAAAGUGUGCUGCUAUGUGUGCACCAAACCACCAAAAAAACGACGGGGGCGUAGCACUUUUGUCAGAUCGUAUUCCGUUCGCCAGUCAGGGCGAUAUGCAUCAAGCAAAGGCCCGUUUCGCCGGUCCAUCAGAGUGAGUCAACGAUCAGCUGACUCGGCCUUGGGGCUUUCCAUACCUUCAAGUAUGACGAAGUCUUCGUACUCGGACACCGAUUGCAGAUAUUUGCCACGACGAUUCGAAGGAAGCGAGAUAAAGACAUCGAGUGCUUACGCACCCCCAGUGAAUCUAACAGAAAGUAAAGCUUCGACUAUGCCACGUUAUUCGGAUCGAUUAUUGGAUGCUCCUGUGGCUACACCAAGAAACGUAAGAGCUAGUCCCAGGAUGACGCAGUCGCUGGAUAGAAAAUUAUUGCUGGGUCCAAACGAGGUGGACCGGUCUCCGGUUUUAUGCAAUAAAUACGCGUUGGAUGACUUGGAGGACGAAAUGCUCAGAUGGCAACCUCCGCCUCGAAAUAGAGAGGAGAACUUGGAGAAACCGCAGGGCAACGGAACGGCCGAAGAGCUAGAUAGCACGGAAAAGCAAACUUCCUUCGGUCCCAGACCCUUACCGAGGAGAUGUCUCUCCGUGGAAGGAGCCACAACGAAUAAUCACAGAGUGAGUUUGACGCCAGCUCCCCGACCAUCUUCGGUCUAUUUGGAAAUGGAGCAUAUGAGGAGAUCGCAAUCCACCAAAACCAGACGUACCAGGAGCAAUUAUCCCGUCGCGCGCUCUUACAAACGAGGACCGCCGCCGUCGCCGAGGAUUAUGUCGCCGAUGGGAUUCGCCGUGCAUCGACAGGUUUACGCCGACGAUAUUGAUUUCGACUACGAGUACCAUGCCGCCACGGAUGAUCAGGAAAGGCAGCCGACUAAGCCCGUGCCCAUCUGGCUGUGCGUGUUCCUGGUUAUCAGUUAUAUAUUCGGCGGCGCGUUUCUCUUCAGCGAGUGGGAAGAGUGGCAGUUCCUCGACUCGGCUUACUUUUGCUUCAUCACAUUGACUACCAUCGGUUUCGGCGACUUUGUGCCGGCGUACAAGCUGGACGCGCAGAAGGGCAUCGCCCUUUGUUCCCUCUACCUGCUAUUUGGAAUUGCCUUGCUGGCAAUGAGCUUUAAUCUGGUGCAAGAGGAGGUCAUCAACAACGUGAAGAGUGUCGCGAAGAGGCUGGGUAUCAUCAAAGAGACCGACGACGAGGAAGAGGCCGAGGACUACGACGAAUACGACGCCGAGUACGAGGAUGAGGUCUAUGAAAAUGAGCCCAAGCUCUGAUGUCGCGGUUUUCAACUUACUAUUCGACGGGAUCGGGGACGCGCAUCACCCACCGUCGUACAUACGAUAUAAGAGAGAUUCGGUGGAUUUCUCGCUUUGCACCCCCUACUCGAUGUAUAAGCCAGUUUCGUGAUACAUGAGAAAACCUUGAUCUCGCGCAGAUCGAAUUUGCCGAUCGAACGGUCUGACUCUUCCCUUUACCGCGAAAGAAAAAUAUAUUCUGAUAAUAAAUCAAGGCAAGAAUGGUUUGAAUCAAUGAUUUUAACAUUACAGCGUAGUUAUCGUUGAUUGACAAUUAUCGUUGAUAAUAAGAAUGCGUAAUGAAGAAUUAAAAUUGUUCGAUGGAUCAAUUAAUGUAAUAAUAUUUUAUAAUUACAAGUGGAUAAAUUAUAUAAAUAUUCGUUAAAUAAUUGUUAUUAUAAGAUCAUUAAGCAGUAAUGUUGAUUUUAUUAAUGGAAAUUUGCUGCCUUGCUUGAUUAAAACUAUAAACGUAUUCUUUUCACAGAUUUCCGAUUUGUGUGAUUGAUGUUAUGAAAAUUUUUGAAUUACUUAUGUUUAAAAAACCUUUUAUUUUAGAACAUUUUUGAAUUUUAAUGUCAUAAAUUUCAAUAUCUGAUGAUAUAGAUAAUUAAAUAAUCAAAUAUAAUGAGAUCUCUCAUUUAUUCACAAUUACAGUAUAUAUUUCAAUUUAAAAAAUUAUUAUUAAAUAUAGUAAUAAAUCAUAAUUGUACAAGUUAUUAAUUACAAUAGCGACGAAGAAUGAAACCACAAUCUUGCGAGUGCCAUAAGUUUGAUAAAUGCUGUUGUGUAUAUACAAGUACACAUAUAAAUCUCAGAAUUAGUCGCCAUAAAAUGAAUGAGAGAACAAUUGUGGAAUGCAGUUAAAUUUGCAUAUGCAUUGCAUGGCGGUAGCAUUAAUAUUUAGUCGUCGAAAUUUGCAUUUUGAAUAUUUUCUCUUCAGAUUUAAUCUAGCAGUAACUAGCGCAGCAAAUCUUGUAAAAAUGAAAAGAUUACAUUUCUAGGAAGAGGAAGAUUUAGAAAAGGUAGUGGACACACACUCUCUCGGAAAGUCUCGUUAAGAUUUUUUCUACAAUAUUUACAUAAUGUUGUUUGCCAUACUCUUUGACAUACUUGAUAAGAGAAUGAAAAUAAAGUUGGAAUGUUACUUACUUCGAGUGCACGCGGCACGACAAUGCGAUUAUCUCUCAACGAGAACGACAUUUUUGCGCGGCUUACUACUUUCCGCGCGCGGAAGAUUGUUCUUACAAUAUUUUUCCGGACGCACUUGCCGCAUGCAAAAUUCACGCUUGCUAUGCAAAUCCUUUUCAUCCCCUUUGCGACCUACACGCGCACACGUAUGCACACAUACGUUUCCAUAUACAAUCUCACUGCUAUGUUCGCAGCCGCAGUUCGUCGUUUAAAUCGCGAGAACGUUAAUCGUCUCGGCGGCGACGUUGGCGUCCUGUUAACGGCUCCGGCUUCAACGACUCGAUAAUCACGCGAUAAAGCCCACUCGAAGGAGAAAUAAUAGUCGCUAAGAACUUCCGUUCGCGCCCAUUACGAACAUACCACCCCGGCGCGCGCGAAAUCUGCAUUUCAUAAAUUUUAAAGCCGACCGAGAAGACGCCGGUGCUCGACUGACUCUUUCUCUCUCUCUCUUUCUCUCUCUCUCUCUCAGAAUGGCAUAUUAUUUUUUCACGGGAAAGUUAAAUAUUUUUGCACAGGAGGGAGUGUGUCGGUGAAUGAUCGAUGAGGGGAUAUUGUCAGACAAUUCACUUGCGCUUAUCUUUUAAAUAUUGAUUAUUUAAAUGUCUUCCAUAUAGAAAGAAAUAUUAUUCAACGUUUAAUAGAUAAAGAAGAA